GGGGAGGCUGGGGAGGCUGGGGAGGCUGGGGAGGCUGGGAUUUCCCUCCUGGAUUGUGGGAAUCCUCCCAGGGAGGCUGUGGAGAGAGGCAAAGGGAGCAGGGAAAAGUUUCAGCCACUCCGGGAUGCGGGCACAAGGGUGACUGCCUGGGGACAGGUGGGAAGGCCUGGCCCGGGAUUCUGGGGCUGUCUCAAGGGGGUCUCUGCUGGAAGAGCCAUUGCUCAGCCUGGGCAGGAGCUGUGGGGAAGAUCUUAGGGGAACAGGGAGUUUCUAUCCCAUAAAACCAUGUCUGAGCAUCCCCGGGGAUGGAGACUGCAGGGCAAGCCCUCAGGGCAGCAGCCCCACUCCGGCCACCUUUAAAGAGCUUUUCCUUGUGUUUAGCUGGAGUUUCCUGAUUUCCAAUGGAGCCCUUUGCCUCCUGUCCCUGGGUCACGCCUGGGGGGAUUUGCCUCGCUAACCUUCAAUCCCCCACCAGACAUCCAUUCCCCAGGAUUUGUACCCCACGCUGAGCAGCUCCCAAGCCUUUCCACCCUUCUCAGGUGCUCCUGACCCUCAGGCACCUUUGGUGGGCUCAUUCCAGAGUGUCCCCCCCUCUCCCAGCCCCGGAGCCAACACUGGGGAUGGGUCUGAGCAGAGGGCAGCCCCCCCUGACCUCCCAAUCCCGUCUCCUCCAAGGCAGGGCUGCUCAGAUUUCCCUGGACAAACCCACACUGCUUGUUCCCCUCCCGGCCCUCCUGCCCGUGCUGGAGCUGGCUGCCCAGGAGGAUUUGCUCCGUGGUUUUUUAUCCCUCAGACUAUGCUGCCCAGGCCAUGGCACGGUCCGGUGAGGCUUUGGUGCUGCACCUCCUGCUCUGCUGCCUGUGCCCAGGCGCUGCAAGCCUCGAGUGCAAGGGGCACGUCUGGAUCGAGCCCGGGCCCGUGGUGCGGAUGGGCUCCGACGUCUCCAUCGGCUGCCAGCCCGCCCUGGGCUGCCCUUCUGCCCGGCUCCUCAUCCUCCUCAACUACAGCCGCGCCGAGGGCGCCCCGCUGGCGCUGCCCGGCGGCGCCGCGCUGCUCCGGCUGCCCAAUUUUCAGACGCCCUUCGCCACCGUCACCUGCUUCUCCCGCUGUGCCCGCACCGGCAGGGACCGCCUGGUGUGCGGCACCGAGCUCCGGGCGGGCUACCCUCCGGACCCCCCGGGCAACCUGAGCUGCGCCAUCGCCGAGGGCUCGGAGCGCCUGCAGUGCGGCUGGGACGAGGGACGGGCCACGCACCUGCACACCCGGCACAGCCUCCACCUGCGCAGGGUGCUGGCACAGGAUGAGGAGGAUGAGGAAGAAAAGAUCUUCCCUGCAAACUCCCCCGUGCUGCUGAGAGAGCUGCACAACGAGAGCCACUACUCGGUGUGGGUGCAGGCCAGCAACGCUCUGGGCACCGCCCGCUCGGCCCCUCAGCACCUCAGCCUGCAGGAGCUCGUGAUUCCAGCCCUGCCCGUGCCCAUCGGUGCCCACACCACGGACUCGUCCCCUCCCCGCACCACCACGCGCUGGAGGAGCCGCACGCGGCUGCACAAGGUGCACUGCGAGGAGAGGCACCGAGCCACGGGCACCCCGGAGUGGCAGGUGGAGCCGUGUGAGGAGGCGGCCCCGGAGGGCCCCCGGUGGCAGCACGAGCUGCAGAGCGACACCCGCUUCGUGUUCCAGGUCCGGUGCCGGCUCAGCGCCGCCCGCGGCCCCUGGAGCGCCUGGAGCCCCCCGUUCCUGUACAGCACCCCCGAGGCAGCCCCCGCCGCCGCUCCCGCCGUGUGGCGGCGCCUGGGCCCGGCCCUGCCCAACGGCAGCCGCGAGGUGACGGUCUUGAUCAAGCCGCUGCCGGCCCGGGAUGCCCGCGGGAGGAUCCUGGGCUACGCCGUGUCCGCCGAGAGCCCCGGGGGCGCGGAGCUGCUGUGCCUCACCUCGGGCACGCAGUGCACGGUGCUGGUGCCGCCGGGAGCCCGCAGCCUCCUCGUCACCGCCCGCAACUCCAAAGGGGCCUCCAGCCCCGCCAGCAUCCCCCUGGGGCGGGGGGCAGCCCGGGCAGAGUUCCCAGCCCCAGAGGCCGUGGAGGUGAAGGCUGAGAACCAGAGCAGGGUCCUGGUGCGGUGGCGGCGCCCCCAGCACCCCCAGAGCCCGCUCUGGUUCAUACUGGAGUGGGUGUCCAGCCCCCCGCACGGCCAGGAGGAGCAGUUCUCCUGGGAGAGGCUCCCACACCACCAAACACACACCUACAUCCAAGGGGCGGCGGCGGGAGCGGCCCUGAGCGUGGCGCUGUACGCGGUGUACCCCGGCGGGAUCGGCGGGCCCAGCACCGGCACGGUCCCUGCAGAGGAGCCGCUCCUGGGCAGCACCCACAGCGAGAUGUCCCCAGACGAUGACAUCAGAGUUUUCCUGGGACUGAGCCUUGGCAUGGUCGGAUUUUCGGUUCUUAUUGCAAUUGCAAUGUUUAAAAAGUCAGUCAGGAAAAGGAUUAAGGGCGCCCUGGUGUCCCUCUUGCCGAAGUGGCUCUUUGAGGACUUUCCCCACAUGGAGAACAGCUCCGUGGUGAAAUCACUCCAGGACAAGGGCGAUUUCCCCAGUGAGAGCCUCCAGGAGCCGUUCCUGGCCUCCGGUGAUCCCGCAGUCACGGAAAUCGAGGAGGUGCCGGCACAGGAGCGGCGCCAGAGGGACACCAAGGCCAGGGCAGAGGUGGCCGAGCACAGGGAGCUCCCAAGGACCGUGGUGGCCCCCAGAACCCCAGCCCCAGAGCAGCUGAGUGCCUACAAACCCCAGCUCUCCCAUGGGAACACGCUGGGAUACGUCGCUGCUGGGAUUUACCAGGCGCAGCCGCCCGCGGCAACCCCGGAGUUCCCAGGGACGGGAAUCUUCUUCCAGGACUACACCAGCCCCGUGCCCCAGCUGUGGGAGCAGCAGGGAGGGGUACCCCAGGUGUGUCUGCUGGAGAAGAUCAACCUGGUCCUCAACAGCAGCCAGGAGUUCCCGGUGCAUUCCCAGGGAUCCUUCCCGGGGAACCCCUGGCAGCAGAGGCCGCCCAGCGAGGCCCCGGAGCAGAUGCUGGUCCCCGAGGAGCUGCUGUCCUGCCUGAGGGCCACCAGCAGGGAGCCCCUGGGUGUCAGCCCCUGCUUCCCAGAGAGCACGGGAGGGCUGCUCUGAGAGGAGCUGGAAUUGUGGAUGGAACCCCGGAGCGGUGACAGGGCAGUGCCAGCACCGGGAGUGCCGAUGGAGGAACCAGCGCAGAACUCCGGGCUGGAAUUCUGCCCCCUUACCCCACUGCGGGUUCCCGUGGCUGCCUGGGAAUACCCAGCAAAUCCCAGUUUUAACCUUACCUCACCGUGGCAGGAGCAAAACAGCCAUAAAGCCUGGAUUCCUGGAAUGCCAAGCAGGAGAUUCCUGCAGAGCGGAAUAUCUUCAAUUACUGCUCAACAUUGUCCUCUUGUCAAAGGUUUGGAGCACUUCAUUCCCAAA